UCGAUAAAUACACCCACAAAAGUUUGGUGUUAGGUAAUUGUUAACGCUUUAUUGUAGUUAACUUUUCUUCUCGCCAUGUUUUCAGGGACGGAGUAGACCGCAUCAUUUCCGAGCUCAAACGCAGCGUUUCUGUUUACAUGUUUUAAGGAAAUUAUUUGUGAGUCCUAGACGUAGAACCUCGUCCUGGCCGGUGCAAAGGGAGUCUGCUUUAUUUGUUGCCUGGCUAAAGUUCGUUUGUAGGAGCAAAGAUGGCCAGCAGCAGCAGCAGGAACAUCAGUGACCUGGAUCCAGAUGUUGCCCGCAGGCUGUUUGAGGAGGGAGCCACCCUGGUGCUGCUGGGUGUCCCUCAGGGCACACAGCUGGGCCUGGACUGCAAGAGCUGGCAGGUUGGUCCUCGCUUCCGGGGCGUUAAGAUGAUCCCCCCUGGCCUACACUUCCUCCACUACUGCUCUGUGAACUCGCCGGAGUGUGGAGGACAAAUGGGCCCCAAAUCAGGCCUCUUCCUCACUCUCAAACCCAGAGAGAUCUUACUCGCAAACUGGGAUCACAAAACAGAAGAUCUGGACUUCUCAGCCUCCAAGAACGAGGAAGAGGUGAACAGGAUCCGGGCAAACUUGCGAGACCUGGAUCCUUACCUCGGCCCCUAUCCUUAUGAGGUGAUGAGGAAGUGGGUGUCCCUCACCGACCGCCUCAGCGAGGAGCUGGCCAUGAACUUGCAGCCUCUGACAGGUCGAAUAUGCGCCUUCAGCGACGUUAUUCCUGAGAUUGAGUUUAGACACACAAAAGACAGGGAAGAUCAGCCAAGAAAUGACACACCCUGUCAGAACAUGAAAGAGGGGCUUGAAAGACUACCGAAGAUGAAACAGAGGGAGGGCACGGAGUUGCGCUUCUCCGUUAUCCCCAAGAAGACCUAUCCGCCUGGAGCAACACCCGCUGAAAUCACCCAGUUCAGCAUGGACCUGACUUACACCCUGGAGACCGUGCUGGAGGAGAACCACAAGCAGCUACCUCUCAACCUGCUUGGUGAGCUCCAGUUUGCCUUUGUGUGUUUCUUGGUUGGAGAUGUGUAUGAAGGCUUUGAGCACUGGAAGCGCCUCCUGGCUCUGCUGUGCCGCUCAGAGGAGGCCAUGAGGAAGCGUAAGGAGCUCUACCUAGGACUCAUUGGCGUGCUCUAUCACCAGCUUGGAGAGAUACCACCUGAAUUCUUUGUUGACAUUGUGUCACAAAGCAACUUCCUUACGACCACACUGCAGGACUUUUUCCAGUUUGCUACCGGACCUGGAAUGGACACCGCCCUGCGUAAGAGGGCAGAGAAAUUCAAAGCCCACGUGACCAAGAAGUUCAGCUGGGACUUCGAUGUGGACUUGGAAGACUGCACACCUGUGGUGGUGGAGCUUCCUGAAGGCGUUUCAGUAGACUGAUCCGUCUCUCCUCUAGGUUCUACAAACUGCAACGCGGUAGUCUUAUAAAUCACCACACAUUUGUAUAUUUCAUCAGGGUGGGCUGAACAACACCAGACAGACAUACACACCAUUUGUAUUCUGUUUUGAAGAAAGUUUGGAAACUUUGGUUGUGGUUUUCUGUCUCAAAAAGCAUAAUUUUUAACCUCACUUUAGUUGGAAUAGUGUAUUAAAAGGAAGUUUUACAAA